AUGAAAGUGACCGUACCCCUGGCCCUCGUUGGGGACAAAACAAAGCUACGCUUCGCUCCUGCUUCGAACCCGUCGCUCGAGCACGCCGGCUCAGACCCCGCCGCGCCCGAAAUGGCUCGCCGGGGCACGGAGCCGUGGAAUUUUGCUGAGUUCCUAACGAGACCCGGCGUCGACGACCUGCUCAACGGCGCGACGGAGGCCGAAAGAGCGUCCAUUUUGGAAGAUCUGCGAAAGAUCGAAAAUGAGUUCGGCGGCUCUACGUACGUCGAGUCCGGCGAGAAGCAAAAGUGGCUCGCCGCGACACUGGUGGUGCACGGCAUCCCGCUCGCGUUACUUAGCUUCCCCGAUUUGAACCUUCUGAACCCGAGACUGCGCGCGGUGCUGGCUAAACAUUAUGUCCCGAAGAAGCAGUUCAAGGGCCCGAAGAUCCCCCAGAAGCACGCGUGCAUCGAGUUCCACAUGAAGACGAUAUUCGAGCACGUGGGCCUCGAUGCCGACGAGUUCGGCGGGUACCUGCUCCUCUUCGACGCCGAGCUCCUGCAGUGCUCGGCGACAGACCCCUCGACCGGCCGCCAGACGGGCGCGCGCAAGGUCAAGCAGACCAACGACGCGGUCCUCGCGGACGCCGGCCUCGACGCGGCGUGGGUGCGCGCGGCCUACCUCGAGAUGAUCGAGACGAUCAUGGAGGAGGGCCAGUACACCGGCCAGACGGUCUGGGCGGCCGGCGGCGCCGCUGCGAAGUGGGUCAAGGAGAACCUGGAGAACCCGCUCGGCGACAUCCUGAUGCACGCCCAGGCCGCGAUGGACAUGCAGGCCAAUCUCGCCAGGAGCAUCCUCGACGACGAGACCGACGAGGAGACGUCGUGGAGCAUCCCGGGUCCGAAGCUCCGGGCCUCGUCGGACCGAGGCGCGUCCCAGCUCAUGUUCGCCGUCGCCGGCGACGACCGAAAGAUCCGAGAGGUCAGCACGCAGCUUCGAAAGCAACAUGUUCCGUCGCGCCUUCGCGAGCGCCGCGCGACCCCUCAAGCCCGCGCCCCACGCAGGUUACCAUCUACAACGACAUCUACUUAGGCGACGCGGCCGCCGUCGACGCGAUCUGCCAGAUGCGCAAGGACAAGUUCGCGCGGAAGACGCACGCCCAGAAGGCCGAGUUCUUCGCGCGGAUGAACCACGUCAUCUAUUUCCUCGACCUCUUCGACGCGCUCGACGCGCUCGGCGACCGCGCUCCCGCCGACGUGCUCGCGGCUGCCAAGCGCAUCGCCGCCGCCAAGGGCUGGCUCCGGCCCGCUUUAGCUGCUGCCGACGGCGGCGUCGUCGCCGCCGUCGCCCCGCACGCCGCGGUCGCCAUGCCGCGGCUCCGCGCCGUCGACGCGUCGCGCGGCAGCGCGUCCGAUUCCGCCGCGCGCGCGGCCGUCGCGCCGGAGUCCGACGUCGUGAUGGUCGACGCCUCCACGACACGCACGGCCGCGCCGCCGUCGCUGGUCGCCGACGACAACAGCUGCGAUGACCCGUUCGACCGCGUGUUGUUCGAUCCAGCAGACCUUGAUGAUUCGUCCGACGCCCGCGGCUCGACGAACGAGUCGGACAGGGCUUUAGUAGAAGCCUGGCUCGACAAGCGCAAUCCGGAGACAUUCGACGCCGCGCUCAAGGCCGCGCAGAAGGCGCGGUACGCGCCCUUGAUAGAACGGUUCCUGCUGCAGUGCCAGCUCAAGAUGCUCGAUAGACCCGCCGCCGCCGCCGUCGCCCAGAAGGCCGGUUAUCAACUAGCGCUCGAGGAAGUCCGCGCCGGCGCGCCACGCCCGCUUCCUUUGUCCGUCGACGCUUCGAGAGACACACCAGUCGUCGCGCGCACCAGGGCCCUCGUCCGCGUCACCGUCACGCGCCGCGCAGGUCGAUGACGAGGCCAAGCUCCGGGCGAUCCGGGGAGACGUGCUGCAGCGCAUGUACGACGCCGGGCUCGAGGCGCGGUAUGCGCCCUUGACACAAAAGAUCCCGCUAGGGGUCCAGCUCGGAUGGCUCGGUGCAGCCCUCGUCGCCGCCUCCCUCUCCAAGGAAGGCCGCCUUGUAACGGAAGCCGACGUCCGCGGCGGCGCCGCACGUCCGUUUCUUCCCUUCGCGAGGGAAGACCGCAGUCGCCGCGCGCACGCGAGGCCGUCGUCCACAACACCGCGUCGCGCAGGUCCGCAAUCCGGACGCGCUCCGGCGUUUCUCGGCAGAAGCGCUGCAGCGCGCGUACGACGCCGGGCUCCCGUCGCGGUCGAUGUACGGCAGGGUCCAGGAAAAACGACGGGUGAAGCAGUUCAACGUCGCCGCGUGCGAGGCCGUGGUCCACGAGAGCGGCGCGACGAACUUCGACGUCAGCGUGCCCGUGCCGUACUCUAUAUUUUCGCGUCUCCCGCACGGCGCCCGAAUUCUCGCCUGCGAUCAUCCAGGACGCCCCGAUCGCGUACCCUCUCUCGUUGUGGACCGCCGACACGCGCGAAACGUCACGCGCCCGCCAAUCGAAGGAAAACAGAAAUGACGCCGCGUCUGCGCAGGUGAACGAUGAGGCGUCCUAUGCUAACGUCCGGUCCGACGUCAUGCAGGCCGCGUACGAGGCCGGCCUCGCGGGCGCGAAGGUCUUGCGCCUCAAGCGUGUGCGGGGCGCGCUCCAACAACAUAAUCCCGACCUGGAUCUCAGCGAGUUUACGCCCGAGGUACUCUUCAAGAACAUGUCGCCGGCCGACAUCGAGGCCCUCGACGAGGAUGCUUUCAUGGCGAAAAUUAACAAGUGGAAGAGCGACAACGGUUUGGAGGCAGAUGCGGUCGAGGCCCAAAGGAAAAGGAAUGCCCAGAAUGUAGAGAAAAACCAAGCGGACCGGGAAGCCUUCGGAGGCACGGUUAAGUUCACGUUGGCCACGGGCUGCACCACCAAACUCUCAAAGCCGAAAUGUGCGGCCGACAUCAAACAGCACUUGUCCGGCAUCGAAUAUAUAGGGAAUAAGUGCACAGGGAAACGCGUCGGGCAGCCGUGCAAAAUCUGCAUCAAAUUUGUUGGUGAUCUCCAAGAAGGAACGGCCUGCAAGCCCUGCGACCAGUUCUGGUAUCCGAGGAACAGCGCCAUCCUUAAAGCCGCGAAGGAAGUGCAAGACAAGCACGGCAUCGACUUCGGCGUUACGAUUGUCUACAAACCAUGUCCUAAAAAGCGCACGGCCGCUCCAAAGCCGCAGGGCGCCAAAAAAGCCAAAAAAGCCAAGAAGGCCGCGCCCGCCAAGUAAUCGCGGCGCGCCCUCCAGCGCGACGACCUCGUCGCGCGUCGCGCGGCUCGAGCUGGGCGCCGGCGCCGUCUCUUCGUGGAGGCGUGCGCUCCGAUAGUGGCGCGCGCCGCGCGCCGCGGACGCAUGGAGUCUUAG